AUGAUAGGCGGGCGGGCGAAACGUCUAGCAGCGCAUCAUCGAGCCCGCGAGACGUCGACAAGCUCACAGGCAGAAAUAAUUGCAGUAUCCAAGAUCACUUUCCCGGCCAUGCAGCAGUGUCAUAGACCUGGAACAGAACAGAUACUGCUGGGCGGCCGUUCGAUGGCUGCAGCGGUAGUGGAUGGUUCGACAGUGGAGGAGCAAGACGGCGGCGGUGGCGGCUGGGGAGGGGAUAGGGCCCCUGGAAACGACCUCAGCGGACGGGCAACAAGAAGAAGAAGCCCUUGGCCUGUUAGGCUGCUGUCUCUGGCUGUCCGUCUGUCGAGUUCUGCUCUCGCUCUGGGUGGUGAUGGAUGCGAUGAAGUGGACGAGGACGAAGAGGGCGAAGUUGAGGUCAAAAGUUGCAGUUGCGAAACGUACCUGACGUCGAGCUGCCUGAGCAAAAGCAAAGAAGACGAAGACGGGAAAAAUAAAGAGAAGAAGCAGAAGAAAAAGAGAAGAAACAGGGGGGACUCUCUGAGGCAGAUCGAGGGAGAAGAGCUUUGUCACUUUGCCUUCCUCCACGUCGGCCUUCCAAGACCUCGAGGCUUCAGUUGCAAGAAAGAAACAAGUACGAACCGUGGCUCGGGCUGA